UGCAAAACUCUGCUCUCCUCUCGAUCGUCCUGGUGGAGUCUGCACUGGCAGACAGCCGAGUAGAGUGGUGACAGGAUUUCUCCAAACAUUAAGCAAGAAGUAAUAGACUGCGUCUGUGUAGAGUUAAAAGAAAGAGUCAGACUGAGGAAGUGAUGCGUAACAGGUGGUAAAUGGGGUUUCAGGAACGGGUUGUGUGUCUUGCACGCAACAUGGAUUUCUCAGGUCCAAAAGAACAGAAAUCACGAUGAAAGAGUCAAGAAGGCUACAGAAUUUAAAAACUUUUAAAAGGUUUGCAGAAACCCUGCAGAGUGAAGUUUAGACUUAGAUGAAUGGACCACGGGAUGUUUUCCAGCCAGGCUUGGCUGAAUUACAGCUUCAACCAGAGCGAUGGUCGGGAGCCGGGGGACGCGUCUGCGGGCGAGGCGAAGCUCUCCCCGGUGGGCUUCGCGGUGCUCUCCGUGGCGCUGGGCUUCAUCAUGACCUUUGGCUGCCUGAACAAUUUCAUCGUCCUGCUCCUGUUCUGCAAAUUCAAGAAGCUGCGAACGCCGGUGAACAUGCUGCUGCUGAACAUCAGCGUGAGCGACAUGCUGGUGUGCUUGUUCGGAACCACGCUCAGCUUCGCGUCCAGCAUCCGCGGGAAGUGGCUGCUGGGGCGCGGCGGCUGCAGCUGGUACGGCUUCAUCAACUCCUGCUUCGGUAUCGUGUCCCUGAUCUCGCUGGUGGUCCUCUCCUAUGACCGCUACAGCACGCUGACUGUUUACAACAAGCGUGGACCAGACUACCGGAAGCCACUGCUGGCUGUUGGGGGGUCUUGGCUCUACUCCUUGUUUUGGACGGUCCCUCCACUACUGGGCUGGAGCAGCUACGACAUAGAGGGAGCGGGGACAAGCUGCUCUGUGUCCUGGACGGCCAACACCGCUCAGUCACACGCCUACAUAAUCUGCCUCUUCAUCUUCUGUCUGGGCCUUCCUGUGAUGGUGAUGAUUUACUGCUACGGCCGACUGCUAUGGGCGGUCAAACAGGUGGGGAAGAUCCGAAAAACAGCAGCCAGGAGGAGAGAAUACCACAUCCUGUUCAUGGUUCUGACCACAGCGGCCUGCUACCUGCUCUGCUGGAUGCCUUACGGCGUUGUAGCUAUGAUGGCGACAUUCGGCCCGCCCAACACCAUUAGUCCUGUGGCCAGCGUGGUUCCAUCACUUUUAGCCAAAAGCAGCACAGUCAUUAACCCUCUCAUCUACAUACUGAUGAACAAACAGUUCUACAGGUGUUUCCUGAUUCUGUUCCACUGUUCCCAUUGGUCGACGGAGAACGGCAACAUUUCCAUGCCCUCCAAGACGACCGUCAUCCCUCUGAACCGCAGAGUCUACAGCAACACGGUGGCUCAGAUCUCCACUGAUGACCUCAACUAACAUGUGCUCCCCCCCCACCUCCUCAACAAGCCAACACCUGGACCCCCCCCCACCACCACCACCACCAUUCCUGGACCAUUUGCAGUCCGGAUGACUUUAUUAUUCCAGAAAGACUUUCCAAACGUUUUUGGAUUCUGGCUGCUUGGCUUUGUUCCGCUGGUGAUGGACAACGACGACAUCCGGCUCAGUCAAUCUGAAACAUAUUCCACGGAUUUAUGCACAAACCUUAAAGUUGUUGCGUGUUCGUUUCGUCCUCACAAACUUUUCACCAGACAGAACUUGACUCCUCUAAAUGUUUUUUGCAACAUUGUGUGAAACUAAUGCAAAAGUAUAAAACGUGGAUGCAAGUUUCCAGCCACUGUUCAUGUUUCUGGUCUUUUAGUUUGUUAAAUAUACAAAUAUAAUCAAAAAGUGGUUAAUUUUAUGCUGGACUGGAAUAUUUUUGUUCUCAGUGUUGCAGAGAAACGUUGCACAUCUGGUUGCUUUUUAUUUAUUUAUUUAUUUUAAACCAAAGUUUUGUUUUUACUUGGAAAAACUGCACCUGCAAGUUCAAGGAUUCAGCCCAUGUAAACACUGUUGCUUUCACAUAGAAAGACCAUCAUUUUGAAACAAUCCCACAUUUGUGCUUUGAUGCAUAGUUUAGUGGAAGUCCCUUUUCCCGUCUUCACUCUAGCUUUGUAGUGUUGUAAACGCUAAUCACCAACCUUCAUCUUGUAUUUAAAACGGUCUGCAUGAAUUCCACUUGUUUGUCAUUUGUUGAUCUUUCCUCCUAAACUAUUUACUUGGUCCGGUUACCCAGUCUGUUUUCUCUGGAUGCAAGUUGUGUACAUGUUCAUCGUGAGGAUUUGUCUCAUAAUAAAAAAAUUCUACUUGCAACACGAGAAAGGAUUCAUGCUGCCAAUAAAAACACUGAAGUCUGAAGUUCUAAAUAUUUGUAAAACACCAGGUUUGUUGGCCAAAUGUGGUUCAUUAAAUUAUUUAAUCUCUCCAACAGGAUCAUAAUAUUCUAACCAGCCUGUGGAUGUACAGCUGAAAUACCACUUGACCUACAAGUCCCAGAAAGCACCCGGGCAUGCGGCGCUAUCAGCUCCUAUAUAUUCUGCAAUAGUUUGAUUUAAAUGAUAAAUAAAUUACCUAAAGCUCUGUGUUGGUUUAGAGCAGGAAUCUUUUUGCAUCAAACACAUUUAUAAGCACAGCUUUACUCG